AGACAUGGCGCAGGACCCGGGAAUUCGUCUCUUGGGAUUUUGACAUUUUCCCCAUUCUCAUCGGAUUUGCCUUACGCUGAAUUGAUCUUCCUCGACUUGUGUGUGUUGCAAAAGUUUUACAGUGCUACAUAUUAUCGUCGUGAACUGUCACAUUUUUUUUUACAUACAUAUUAUCUUCGAAUGUUUAGCAGUCGACAAAAAUUAUGGCUACAUUAGAAAACGAUGUCACGAAAGAAGAGGUACAAAUAUUUCGACAUGUAUUCCUUUUUGGAUGACGAUCCAUACAUGUUCUUAUGGAAUUACUGAUAAUUCUCAUUUUUAGGAAGCCGUCGUCACUGCCCGUAGCUAUUCUUCCGAAGAGGAUGAUCUGUAAGCUACCACAUUUCUAAGAAAUUGUUGAAGCCAAUAAUAGUAGAAGGGGUUACAGACGAAUGGCAGUUAACACCGGAAAAUGAUAGAGCAGGUGAUACUUAUUCGAUAGAUUCGAGUGCCAUGGCUUUUAGGGUUGAAAAUGGUAGAAGGUAUCAGGCAUAUAGAGAAGGGGCUUAUUGGUAAGUGACUACUUGUCAUGUCUUCUGCCUGUUUGAUUGUUCCGCUCCAAUGGAAUAUGAGAUCUGAUCUAAAUAGGCAACCCAAUGAUGAAUUGCAAAAUGAGCAAAUAGACAUCAGGUAACUCGAUGGUAUUCCCUCAGUGUACAGAGACGAAGGUUGUUGACAAUAUUCAAGUCACCGACGAUAUCUAUCGAUGUUGGAUGGCGCCUUGUAUCUGGCACCAAUACCGGAUAAUGUCGAGGUAAAAUAACACCAAGCUAAUCCGAUGAGUGUUUCAAAAAUAACUAACAUGAUAGAAAGCGAGUUUUAGAUCUCGGAACAGGCACGGGAAUAUGGGCAAUUGACUUUGCUGACCUUUUCCCAAAUGCAUCGGUUCUUGGGACAGACUUAUCACCAAUCCAACCAGACAGUAAGUAGCCAAUUUUAAUUCUUACUUUUCAGUAAUCCCCUCACUUAAGCUCAAGACUAAGUUCCAAGCAUCUUCUGCCAUGAAGAUAUUCGUCUUAUUUGUACGACUUCGCAUCUCGCAGGUUUUUACUCCUCCUUACACAUAUGCUAACUUUAACCACGUUAGUGGUACCACCAAAUUGCAGGUAAAAUCUCGACUAAUGCAACAACAGCACUUCUGCGAUGACUGACCAGCCCCUCAUAAGAUUCGAGAUAGAUGAUGUUACAGAAGAAUGGACUUACCCGAAAAAUUACUUUGAUUUUAUUCACAUACGUGGACUUUUUGGUAGUAUUCCCGAUUGGGACAGACUCUACGCACAAGCCUUUAAGUAAGUCCCUCUGCAGAUAUAGGAAGGUAAAUAGUAACAGUCUAAUGAAUUCUAGACACCUUAAGCCAGGAGGAUUCAUACAACAUAUAGAGCCAUCAUUACAUGUCAAAUCCGAUGACAACACUGUACCACCGGAUAGUCCAUUAUAUAGGUUUGCUGAUGUAUGUACUUGAAAGUUUCAUCCCGAAUACUUCCCUUUCUAGUUUCGUUGAACAUCCAUUGACUUCAGAUGCUCCUGAUGUAGCUUUUCAACAAUGCUGGAGAACGUACAGGACAAUCAAUGGAUAUAUGCCCAACAAUGAGUUCAAAAAUCAGACAAGCUGGAUUCAUUAAUUUACAUGAGAAAAGAUAUAAAAUGCCUUUGGGAGAAUGGUCGAACGAUCCGAAGUUACGAGAAUUAGGAAAGUGGAACCUGUUACAAUUUGAUGUGGGAUUAGAAGGUUUUGCCGUUCAACUUCUCACAAAUGAAAUGGGGGUAAGUCGCUCCCCACUACAUGAAAAUUGCUAAACUGGAGAGGCCGUCGACAGAGAUAUGAAACUGACGGAUUGAAUAGAUGACUUUACCUGAGGUCCAACUGUUCUGGUAAGUUGUUAUUUCCCUUCCACAGCUGCGACUUGAGUUUAGGAAAACUGACGUAUACCUAGUGCUCAAGUUCGCGCUGCAGCACGAGAUCGCAGAAUUCACUCAUACUACCCAUAUUAUCUAGUUUACGCUCAAAAACCUCUAUAGUUUCCGCAACAAUAAUAAGUCUGCCGAGACAUAAAAAAGUACAAAUUUUUCAACCCAACCCGGUCCAUGGCCUGCUGUAUCAGUGAUCGAGCGUGUCAGAAGCCUUUACAUCUUCAUCAACAUAUCGGAAGCGAACCUCUUGAUUGAUGAUGUUCCACGAUAAAUUAACAAUUUUUUGAUGGAAUCACUGUGAAGUUUGGAAGACCUCAUCAUUUCUACAUCGGAUAAUAAAUUGUAUAGCCAAGAUUUUAAAAUUCAAAAAGUGAUAGUUGAAAGGACAAAAAUUAGUGGAUUAAGUAUAGUAAUAAUUA